AUGCCUGCCGACCGCUUGCACAGCUCUCUUCCUCGCUCUUCCAGUCCAAUGAGCUCCGUGUCCUUGGGAAACCAUAGGCGUGAUCCUCUCCCUCAAGUCCAGCUCACAGCCAAUGGUCGCCUGAAGCCGGAGAAGAACACGGAUCCAUGGAUCGACCGCGGCCGGCACUAUGCUCGUUUCAUUACGAUGUUUGAGCGGCCAGCCAUUGUUCUCCACCAUGCUCAGCGGAGACUCCUCGAUUAUGACGAGGACACCGUCUAUACAGCCGAGGAGGACCGGUGGUACACCUUCUUUGAAGCAAUAUGCGAUGCUCAACCUGGGUUCCGCGAUCUCAUCAUGGAGGCAGAACUUCAGGAGUUCGAAAAGAUUGAGAAAUCGAUGCAAAAAGGACAAAAUAACGCGCGAAAUCAGGACACUAAUACCCUCAAGUCACGCAUUGUUCUGUGGCUCAACAAGACCAUCACCGAAUCCAACCUGAACUUGCCGCCACUCGAUGGGGAUAACAAGAUCAGCCGCGGGUACAUCCACGAGCUCACUGGUAAGCUUAUACGACCUGCGUUGCUAGACUGGAGCGACACAUUUAUUAAGCAAGCACUACGAAACGGUACUGCUACUAUCCAGGAGACAGUCAUCGCUGACGACGGGACAUCCACCACACGGCCUGUUCCUAUCAACGGGUCGCACUUCCCCAUGUUUCUGUGGAAGGGAUCAUACAACCCUGAUGCGCCAUGGAUUGGCUUCUGUCAAGGCUCCCUUCUUGUUAAGGCGUAUCGCUGCAUUUUCAUCUCACCAUCAGCUGCCAACAGCAAGAAGGGAGAUCAGGCUCGAACAUCCAUCGCAUACAUUGCUACCCAGGUAAAAUUCGCGCUGAGCUCGGAGCCCACUUUCAACAAAUACGAGAAGGCCUGCGAUAGCCAUCGAUUCUUCAACGCUCUCCUGGAUUGGUUUGAGGAUCCUGAUUUCAAGAUGUUCUCAAAGGAUCUCCUUCAGUGGUGGAAUCGUCAGAUCUUCCCAGCCACUGCAAAUCUUCACAGCAAGAGCACGACUAAUGACACGGUGCAUCGUAUGAAGGCCGCACUUGCCGCUACCAAUACCGCUGUCCCGACAAGUGCCGUUGGUGAAGACGACGACGGUGAAAUCUAA